GGNGGGGGAGGGCUACUUUGUAAAAGUCCGCCAGGGUUAUUUGGUGUUCCUCCCGCUACUUUUAUGUGAGAAGAAUACUGUACUACCGAAAUCUGUAAUCGAUCAUGUAUAGAUUAGAAUUGACUCCAAACAGUAAAACGCUAGUGACACUUGAAUUUAUUAGUUCUUUGGGUGUAAUAUUCAAGGAGAGUUGUCUUUCAAAAAAGGAAAAAUUUCUGAGUGACAAAACGGGCGACUCUGGCCAAAGUCCUAUUACAGGCUCGAUUCUGAUUGUUGUUUAGCCUGUUCCAGGCUCUCGGUCAGUGGGGACGAUCGAAAAAGCGGGCGGGCGACGAGCGGAAUUGGCCUCUCCUUUUUCUCUACCAGACCCCGCUGGUCGCCCGCCCGCUUUUUCGAUCGUCCCCAAUGACUGAGAGCCUGGAACAGGCUAAUUGUUGUUAAAAACAAUGGUUUAUGAGGGGAGGUAAAACCCCAGCGGCACGAUUGAGUCACGUGUUUCUCAGUUGGGGUAGCGCAAUUCAACCUGAAGAUCCAUAUUUAAUUUCGAAUUCCCAAAAUGGUCGCACGAUUCUCGGCCACUGGUCAAAGGAAACAAAGAUUGGCCUGGUAUAAGGUUCAAGCUGAGACUUCCCACGCAGAAGCUCGUUGGGCACGUAACUAAAACUUUGCUCCCUCCACGUGGAAGGGGAAAAAUUGCGUGACGUGUCAAGGUUCAUACCCAUAUCUCACUCGCAUUGAAGCUGAAAAGUGAUAGGAGAUCUGGGCUCUAGAUUGGUUUAAGAUCAGUUACGCUUUUGUCAGCCAAAUAGAAAACAUUUCUUUUAAACGUAAAGAACACUAAUAAUGCAACAAUUAUAGCUGGCGUCAAGUUGUGGGAUCACGCAGCGUUCUUCCAUUCUGAUCUCUUGCGCUUCACUCAGCCGAAUAGAAAACAUAAUUAAAGGACAUAUAAUACAACAAUUGUGGUUAGCGUCAAGUUUUGUGACUUUCACAACGAGUAAAGGGCCUGACUAUCUCGAUGGGAAAUUAAUACGCGCAAUACAAGGUACUAAAUUCAAGUUUUUUGCUGUUCGUUUUUUUUUUCUCUCUCUCUCUUCCCUCUCUCUUCCGUCACCGCCGAAAAGAAAUCGAUCGCACUUGGUUGCGAAGAGAACUAAUAAAUUCUGAUCAGGAUGACACUGUUUCUAUCUGCAUUCAAAAAGAACUUUCUGUUCUAAAUGUGUCCAGGUUGUCGAGGGAACGGCAAUUUAUUACAAGAACCACGUGGAGGGUAACUAGUAGUAAUUCAUUCACGAACGGGUAAAAUUAUUUGCGUAAAAAACGCGUUACUAUAGGGUCUUUAUCGACUGAGCUGUACCACAGUCGAAUCAUGACUCGAAAUAGUUGCUUUCAGAUGUUAACAAUUCUAGCUUUAGUCGCUGCUAUCGUUUUUGUGGCUCACAAUUUUGUGAAGUAUGUUUUGAAAGUUGAUGGAGGCUACUCGCAUUGGACAGUGUUUUCAGAGUGUACCAAGCCCUGUGGUAUUGGGACGAGGUUUCGGACACGGACAUGCGACAAUCCCUCACCGAGGUUUGGUGGCCGUAAUUGUUCCCGGCUUGGAGAUGACACCCAAACAUUCAGAUGUAACAUGAACCCAUGCCCAGUUGAUGGAGGCUACGGCGAAUGGGGAGAAUUUAGUAAAUGCACAGUGACUUGUGGGGGUGGGGUGCGGCAUAGAACACGUGAAUGUAACAAUCCUAAAACAGUACUUCCCGGGAAAACAUGUGAAGAGCAAGGACUAGGAUCAAAUGAGGAAAUGGAGACCUGUAAUGUAGAAUCUUGUCCAGUUAAUGGUGGAUACACAGAGUGGAGUGAAUUUAGUGAAUGUACUGUGACAUGUGGAGGAGGUGUUCGUGAGAGGACUCGGGAAUGCAGCAACCCCGCACCAGAAAACAAUGGUAUAGACUGCGAGAAACUGGGCCCAGCAAAGGAAUCAGACAUCUGUAACACUGAAGCUUGCCCUACCGAGCCUCCACAGGAUCUAGGCAAACGAAAUAAGGAAGGUGACAAAAACAGCACUAAGCUGGAAUAAUGACAAAGGGGAAGAGUGCAAUAGGGCAAUAAUUAGGAGAAAGAUGAAAAGGAAAGCAAAGAGGAACCAGCAGAAUAACAGCAUGGACAAAAGUAAAAAUAAGAAAUAAAAAUGACGCCUCUGUAGUUUGAAUAGAAUAAAAAAUAUUAUAAUGGCAAACUUACGCUGCUAUCCCCUACAUGUAACCAAUACUCUGAAGGCCACUUAGCAAAUGAAAAACACGACAUUAGGGACCGUUCAUUUUUUAUAAGGU